UCAGAAAACCGUAGUCUUUGUCUUUUAUCUCUAUACAGAAAGAAAGAGGACAAUGGCUGGCACCGCUACCAACUCUCUCAUUCCCACAAAAACACUACUCCCAAACCCAAACCAUUCCCUCCUCCCUUCCUCCAACCUCAAAAGCAACAGCCAAUGCUACUCUUCUUCCAGGCCCAGGCCCAGGCCCAUCCAGGCCGUUCAGGCGGCGGAGAACAAGCCCGCAGCGAAUGCAAUCUCGGUGAGGCGCGAGACGACGAAAUGGGCCGUGGACAGCUGGAAAACGAAAAAGGCCCUCCAGCUCCCGGAAUAUCCGGACCGGGAGAAGCUGCAGUCGGUGCUAAAGAGCCUGGAAACGUUCCCUCCAAUCGUGUUCGCCGGAGAGGCCCGGAGCCUGGAGGAGCGGCUGGGCGAGGCCGCCAUGGGGAGGGCCUUCCUCCUCCAGGGCGGGGACUGCGCCGAGAGCUUCAAGGAGUUUCACGCCAACAACAUCCGCGACACCUUCCGAAUCCUCCUCCAGAUGAGCGUCGUCAUGAUGUUCGGCGGCCAGAUGCCGGUCAUUAAGGUGGGACGAAUGGCGGGUCAGUUUGCGAAACCGAGAUCGGGAGCGUUCGAGGAGAAGGACGGGGUGAAGCUCCCGGUUUACAGAGGAGAUAAUGUCAAUGGAGAUGCAUUCGAUGCCAAGAUUAGGAUUCCCGAUCCUCAAAGGAUGAUCAGAGCGUAUAGUCAAUCCGCCGCCACGCUCAAUCUUCUCAGGGCGUUUGCCACCGGAGGCUACGCUGCUAUGCAGAGGGUUAGCCAAUGGAAUUUGGACUUCACGCAGCACAGCGAACAAGGAGACAGGUACCUAGAGCUUGCUCACCGAGUUGAUGAGGCCCUUGGAUUCAUGGCUGCUUCAGGCCUCACGGUGGACCAUCCUAUAAUGCAAGCAACUGAGUUCUGGACUUCACAUGAAUGUUUGUUGUUGCCAUAUGAACAAACACUCACUAGGUUGGAUUCAACUUCUGGUCUCUACUAUGAUUGCUCCGCCCAUAUGCUUUGGGUUGGGGAACGGACUAGGCAGCUCGAUGGUGCCCAUGUUGAGUUUCUAAGAGGAGUUGCCAAUCCCCUUGGAGUUAAGGUAAGUGAUAAGCUAGAUCCAAAUGAGCUUGUUAAACUGAUCGAGAUCUUGAAUCCCCAAAACAAACCCGGGAGAAUAACUUUGAUCACGAGGAUGGGAGCUGAAAAUAUGAGGAUCAAGCUUCCACAUCUGAUCAGGGCAGUACGCAGAGCCGGACAAAUUGUAACUUGGGUCACUGAUCCUAUGCAUGGGAACACCAUAAAGGCUCCGUGUGGACUCAAAACUCGCCCCUUCGAUUCCAUCAUGGCGGAGGUGAAAGCAUUCUUCGAUGUGCAUGAACAGGAAGGAAGCCACGCUGGUGGGAUCCAUCUUGAGAUGACGGGUCAGAAUGUGACUGAGUGCAUUGGUGGGUCGAGGACAGUCACCUUUGAUGAUCUCAGCUCACGUUACCACACACACUGUGACCCUAGGCUCAAUGCUUCACAAUCUCUUGAGCUUGCUUUCAUCAUUUCUGCAAGGCUCAGAAAGAGUAGGAUCGGAUCGGAGCAACUCUUUCCUCAAUAGGCUUGUAAAAUGGCUUUGCUCCUUUUAUAUAUGGAGACAGCCAACAAUGUGAUUGAAUAAUGUUUUAUGGACACCCGGUGUUAGUCUAGCAGAGAAGAGAAGAUAAAUUGAGAGAAAUAAGAUCUGUUAAUUAGUAUUUGUUGCAAUGAGGUGUCUGUGAAUGUUAUUAGACAUGGACAUGGACCAUUUAGCUAUAUAAAACUAUGGUAAUAAUUGGAUUCACAUGUUCUUGACGACCAGAAUCCAUGUCGACAGAGAACUCGCCUACUCUAGUACUUCUAUUUACUACAUUAAUCGUUUUAUGAUAAGUUUAUGGUUGUCAAGCUUUUA